CACCUCCUUCUCAUUUUGGCUUCAUACCAUCAUCGGUUCAAUUGAGGAAAUAUUCAAUUUGUUUCUGGGUUAGUACGGUUCCUUAUAUGGUUCGAUUCAAUUGAUCUCUUGGCUUUUCGUUUUUUGAAGUAUAUUCGGUAAGCUUUUUCGGAGAUACUGUCGGAGAUUCUCCAUUAACUUCUCAUCCAAAGAAACCAGAAGCUAAGUUGCAUCACAGAACAGAGCAGGUCCAACCAGGAACAGAAAGAACAAAACACAUAGCCACAACACCCAAGAAAGAAGAGUGAUCCAGUUUUACCGACAAGCCAUUACAAGAUUCAAGCUUUUUCUGUUUUCGUCCCUCCACCGUUUCCGAAGGUUCAUCGUGUAUUCAGAUCUCCCCUUUCUUCAUUAUUUAUUGUUUUGUUCUUAAAUUUAUAGGCGUUGACUCGAUACCCAGUUACUGGAUUCCCGAUUUUGCUUUUGGUCCAUUCGAGCCGUUAACAAAUCGUUAUCGUUUUGGAGGGUUAAUACCCAACAAGACAAAGAUUGGGCCAAGCAGAGAUGCCGCUAAAGUUUCAGAAGCAAGACGACGACUUCGUAAACCUGAAGAACAAAGACAAGGUGAGAAGGAGAUAGUGAUUGCUGAAGGUCGGUGUCCACGAAAAUAUGGUGGAUUCUUCUACUGCUGCAGAGGCAACAGAGACCAAGGCUACCAAGGAACGCAAACGGAAGAGUCAGAAACCUGAAAAAACUAGAGCUCAAAAGGAUAAACAUAAUGCUAGUUGCCAAAAGUCUCGACGGGAAGCUAAGAGGAAGCGUGAGGAACUUGAAGCGAUGGUAGCGGUGGUGCCAGAGUUGCAAGCUGAAAAUCAGAGGAUGAAAGCUGAAAUCGAGAGGAUGAAAGCUGAAAUGGAGAGGAUGAAAGCGGGGCAAGGUAUUAAAAUUGAACGCCAGGGACUAAGGGAAGCUCUUGAGAUAGGGGAGGCCAAGGAGGAACUGAUGAAGCAAAUUCCCUGUGCAUGGAAAGUCGACGGGACAAACUUUGGUUCUUUUGACCAGGCGGAAACUUGGUUUCUGUCGCAGACCUAUGAUCAAGGCCCGAACGACACUGAGAACAAAACAACUGCUUCUGCUGCUGCUGGCCCUUCGUGUGUUGCAAAUCAUGGCUUGCCAAACAAGCCAGAUAAUAGUCCUUUCAGUCAUGACCCUGCUGCCGGUCAUAAAACAGGAUUUCCAUCUGCUUCUGCUGCUGAUUCCUUCCUUGCUGCAUAUCCCGAGUUGGCCGCUGCAUUUGAUGGGCUAUAUAAUCCUUCUACCAGUGAUUUUUUCACUAAUCAUGACCUUGCUGCGGAAUUUCCAACUUCAUCGGCAGCAAGCUCCUCCCUUAUUGUAGGUCAUGAGUCUUCUGUCAUGUUUGAUGCCCCAAAUAAUCAUGACACCGUCAACAAUCUUUCCAAUCAUGACCCUGCUGCCGGAUUUCCAAGUGCUUCUGCUGCUGGCUCCUUCUCUUAUGAUAUCGGUGGUCUUUUCACUCAUGACUCUGCUGCCGAUGACAAAGCAGGAUUUCCGUUCUGAGAAAAUCCCAUCUUUAAAGGCAGUUUAGAGAUGGUGUCUAUAAGCUCCUCACCUCCUCAAGCAGAUAUGCGCAACUUCUCUAUGUGAAAAGUCAUAUGUUAUCGAUCAAUGGUUACUUGAUUGUGCGUGCCAACGAGUUAAACAGUCAUGUAUGUAGUCUCAGAGUUCUUUUGAUCAUGUGUGUUUCUUAAUGUCCUGGACCUUUCCUAUUGGUCCUCUUUCCGGUUGUUGCUGCUUUGUGUGUUGAACAUGUGUUUCGCUAAAGUUUAUGUUUGUAAGAAUGUGUACGGUGUUUGCUAAAUAAAUGGGAGGUGGAUUUAAAUUAGUCAU